AUGAACAAUAAAGAAAAUUAUAUCUCUAAAACGGUGAGAGAUAACAAUAAACCAGAUGAAAUUCCUUAUGAUAAAUUUCUAGUGGGUAGACAUUUGAAAAGAUGGGAUUAUGGGAUUUUUAAAGAUGCGAAAUGGAAAGAUACUAAAGAGAGAGUUGCAUUAUUAUAUCCGAAAGAAAAUAACCAAUUUUCAAAG